CAAUUAACAGCUGAUUUUAGAAGUAAGGCUGGUUUGGCUUUUUAUAAAUUUUAUUGAUUGAGUGAAGAAUAUUUAGUUUGCUGUUGAUCUCCUGUAUUUUAUUGAUGAGUAGUAGCAACAGUAAACAUAUUUUAUAUUGUGUAAGAUAGCAUUACUUUUUUAUUACGUUUUUUGAUUCAUUCAACCAAACAAAAUAACAAAUAAUUGUAAUGAAUAUUAGUAUUGCACCCCUACACCCAUCAACUAGCGCCGAAACUAAAGGACAUAAUGGUGCAGUUAAGAAAAUCAGACGUAGAACAAAACCUAAAGAGAAAAAGAAUAAUUCGAAUCCAAAAUAUAAUGAAGUAGAGAUUCAAAGUGCCACAGAAUAUGAUUCUCCAAAAACCGAAAUAAAAAUUUGUAAAUCAUCAAACUUGUUGAGAUCGCUUACUCAAGAUUGUGCAAUACUACCUGAUACAAAUAAUAAACUAAAAAAAAAAUCCAAAACUAAAGGACCUAGUGGAGUGUUAAAAUCAAUAACUAAUUCUACUGAUAAACAGCACAGCAAUGGAAAUGGACCAACAGAAGUGAAUAGUAUUAGUAAAAAGUCCCCAAAAAAAUCUUGCUCCUACUACAGCCCAUUUUACAAAGGGCUUUCAGGUUUCAAUAACUUAAGAAGAAGGGGUGCAAAUAUUUGGAGUCCCAUAGAAAAAAAUACGGUAAGAGAAGUAGUUGAUAAUACUGAUACUGAUGCGAAUAUCGAAGAUACCUCAACAUCUGUGUGCAUUUUUGACAUUAAAAGUAUUCGUAAUCCUUCAACAGGACAUUUCAUUCGUAAAAGAUCAUCAAAUAAACAUGUGAACCUUCAUUCAUUUGGUAAAAAAUUUCCAGUUUUCUUUUAUAGUUAUCCUCAAGAAACAGUCUCUGACAUAAAAGAGAUUUGUGACAAAAUGAAGAAAAACUCCUUGAAUUCCACCAGUACAACAAACAAUUCAGAUUCAAUGAAGUCUCAAGAACACUCAUUUACAACAAAUGCAACCGUUAACACCAGUUUUGACUUUGAUAUAACUAAUUCCAAUAGCUUGAAUGGAAGCCUUUCACAAAAGAAACCUAAAAAAUCUAGAACUAAAACUAAACAUAGGAAAAGUAAGAGGGAACUAUGUUAUCCUGAAUUUAUGGACUGGGAUCAAGUGGAGAAAGGACUGCAAAACAGCUCAUUGAUUAAAGGAUUUAUCAGAAUAAAUCAAAGAAACUCUAGAGAAGCAUAUGUAACUAAUGCAACAAAGGGUGACUGUGAUUAUAUUAUUAAAUCAAUUAUUGAUCAGAACAGAGCUUUGGAGGGAGAUGAGGUUGUUUUGAAAAUAAAACCUGCAACAGAAUGGGAUGGAGGAAGAAAAACUGCAUCUGUAGUCUACAUUUCUAAAAUGGUUCAUCCUAGAACCACAGUUGGAAAAUUAUCGCCACUCCCAAACAAUGAAAACUAUGCAGCAUUUCUACCUAGAGACAAAAGGUUCCCUUAUGUUUACAUACCCACAAUAAGCUGGCCUCCGGGCUUUAAAACUAACCCAAGAAACUUUGAAAAAAACUUAUUUCUUUGUAAAAUAACAGAAUGGACCAACCUUGAUUAUGCUAAAGGACUGAUCAUUGAGAAUAUUGGCAUUUCAGGCGACUUGAAAAUAGAAAAUUUGGCCAUAAUGAAAUCAUGCGGGCUUGACUAUGAACCUUUUAGUAACGAAGUGUUGAAAUUUCUGCCUAAAUUCACUGAUUUGAAAGCAGACUGGCUGGAAGGAAGGGAGGAUCUCAGAAAAGAGUGUAUCUUUACUAUUGACCCUUUGACAGCUAGAGAUCUUGAUGAUGCAGUAUCAUGUAAAACUUUACCUGAUGGAAAUUUAGAAGUUGGAGUUCAUAUUGCCGAUGUCUCAUUCUUUUUGAAAGAAGGUACAGAACUAGACAAACAAGUAGCAUGGAAAGCCACAACCAUUUACAUGGUAGACAACGUAUACCACAUGCUUCCUGUGGAGUUGUGUAUGAACUGUUCGCUCCUUCCUGGUAAAGAUAAACUAUCUUUUUCAGUCUUCUGGAUAAUGACACCAGAAGGAGAAGUAUUAAGCACUCGUUUUGCUAGAACUGUGAUAAAUUCAUGCGCUCAAUUAGCAUAUGAGCAUGCUCAAGCGAUCAUUGAUGACCCUGAUAAUUUUGAUAGAUCCUCUCUACCAAAAAUUAUGAAUGGUUACAAUGUGGAAGAUGCGAAAGAUGUGAUAUUAAAAUUAUAUCACAUUUCCAAAAACUUGAGGAACAAGAGGUUUGAAAAUGGUGCCCUUAGAAUUGACCAAGUCAAACUGUCCUAUGAACUGGAUCCUAAAACUGGAUAUCCUGUCAAAUAUUAUGUACAGGCGAUGAAGGAGGCUAAUAGACUCAUUGAAGAAUUUAUGUUGCUUGCCAAUAUAUCUGUUGCUGAAAAAAUUCUCGAGCACUAUCCUGAUAUUUCAUUUUUAAGAUUACAUGAACCACCCAAGUUGAACAUGUUGGUUGAACUGAAAAGGGCGCUAGAGUCUGUAGGGAUACAUGUUGACAUUACUUCUGCAAAAAGCAUUCAAACCUCACUUUUAAGAUAUGGAUCAAAUGACGAAGCAGGUAAAAUUAGAUCGGCAGUUCUUAAUCAUUUGUUUGCAAAACCAAUGACGAGGGCUCGUUACUUUUGUCCAGAAGUUGAAGUGAUAGCUGAAUCGUAUGCACAUUAUGCACUAAAUGUUCCUCUUUAUACUCAUUUCACUUCCCCGAUAAGACGUUAUGCUGAUGUUAUGGUACACAGAUUACUAGCAGCUAGUUUAGGCUUGGCAGAUAUACCCAAAUUGAAUUCACAGGAAGUGGGUGAAAUUGCAGAACGGUGUAAUUUAAUAAAGUAUAAUGCUAAAAAGGCCCAAGAAGAAAGCAGUCACCUUUAUCUGUGCCAUUAUAUAGCCAAGAAUGCACCUUUUAUUAAAGAAGCAGCAGUGGUGGAUGUUAGGGAGCGGAGCUUUGAUGUGAUAGUUUUAGAAUGUGGAGAAGUUGUGAGAGUUCAUUUACAUGAAAUUGAAGGAGCCUUAUAUGAAGUUGAGGACAUAACAAAUAUAGACUUGGAUUCAGAAGAAGGAGAACAGGAAACACAAAAAAAAUAUUGGAGAGUGACAAUAUCAUAUCCACCAAUAAAAGAAUAUCCUGCGGUUAUGACAGUAAUUGAAAUGUUCACAUUAGUUAGAGUUCUAUUACAGAAGUGCAAUAAAACUCGAAAAUUAGUAGCAAAAUUAGUAAGACCUAAUUCCUGAUAUAUCAACUGAAUGCAAUUUAAAUGACUUUAUUUUAUAUUUGUAGAUAUAUUUUACAUGAAAAACCAAUAAAAGAGGAACUUUUUGUAUGAA